UCGGUUUAUUCAGUUUAAUUUUUAACCGUUUUAAAAAAAUUUCAAAAACAAUUUCGCCAUUAUCUCAUUUAUCUCAUGAAGCUAGAUAACCAUCAAGUCCAGUGUAUGUGAAGUUUACAUAGUUUUAUAGUUUUUGCGUUUGUUUAUCAUCACUUUGAGUCACUACCUCGUCGGUGACCAUUAAUUAAGCAAUAAAUCAUGGGAAAGGAAAAGAAGCGAAAUUACAGAUCGCGAUCUAAGGACGAUCGGGGUGAACGCGAAUCGCGAGGAGGAGACCGCGACAGAGAACGACAAGAACGUCGCACAAGAAGAAGUCGUUCCCGGUCACGAAGUCCUUUUGAUAACAGUAGGGAAAUCGGUAGUAAGAGGAGCAGUAAAUCGUCACGAAAAGAUAGAGGUGACCGAUCACCACUUGGGAGGUCACGAUCUCGGUCCCCACCACCUGCAAAGGAUAAGGUUCGAGACAAUAUUGCCGCAUUUGCAGCCGCAGCGGGCAGCAGUGAUAAGGUUGAUGAUAAGGAGUCCGCCCAAAAGAAGCUGGAAAUGGAGAUGCAAAAAAGGAAAGAACGAAUUGAAAAGUGGAGAGCAGAAAGACGAGAAGCCGAUUUGAAAAAGGAAAUAUUAGUCAAGAAAGAAUUCUUGACCAAUUCCAGGAAAAAGUGGACACUUGAUGAAGACGGGGAUGACGACGAAGAACCCAGCGCUCCAGCAGAACCUGACAUCGAAGAGACUCUUAAUAAUCCUCCUCCUGGUGUGGGCGAUGAGGUCGAAAAGGAACCACCACCUAAAAAAAUGGAGGUGGAUGAGGAUGAGGAAGACCCAUUGGAUGCUUUUAUGAAGAGUGUGCAAGCUGAAGUUAGAAAAGUUAAUGUCAAUGUUAACAAUGGAGUCACAACUUCUCAAGAUGGAAAAGCCAUCGUCCAGAAAAUUGUCAUCGUGAAAGCAGCUCCAGCAAAGAAAACGGCAGAAAAUAAAAACAAGGGUGAACUUAUGGAACAGAAUCAGGAUGGAUUGGAGUACUCUUCCGAGGAAGAAACUGAGGAUUUGGAUUCCAUUUCUACCAACAUUGCAGCCAAAGGCAAAAAAGAUCUCAUGAAAGUUGACCACAAUGCAAUUGAGUAUGAAUCCUUCACGAAAAGCUUUUAUGUCGAGGUACCUGAACUUGCACGAUUGACUCCAGGAGAAGUAGACGCUUAUCGAUGUGAACUAGAAGGAAUUCGAGUUAAGGGUAAAGGUUGUCCAAAACCUAUCAAAGUUUGGGCUCAUGCAGGCCUUUCUAAGAAGGAAAUGUCCGUCCUACAAAAACUAGCGUUUGAAAAGCCGACACCUAUUCAAGCUCAAGCUGUUCCUGCUAUAAUGUCGGGAAGGGAUUUAAUUGGAAUUGCUAAAACUGGUUCGGGGAAAACGCUGGCGUUUCUGCUCCCCAUGUUCAGACAUAUUCUGGAUCAGCCAAGCUUGGAAGAGACAGAUGGACCAAUUGCCAUAAUUAUGGCUCCUACCAGAGAACUUUGCAUGCAGAUUGGACGUGAUGCUAAAAAGUUUAGCAAAUCCUUGGGACUUACUGUUGUCUGUGUGUAUGGAGGAACUGGAAUAUCGGAACAAAUUGCAGAAUUAAAGAGAGGAGCGGAAAUAAUUGUGUGCACACCAGGACGAAUGAUUGACAUGUUGGCUGCAAAUUCGGGACGCGUAACUAAUUUACGACGAGUAACUUACAUAGUACUGGACGAGGCAGACAGAAUGUUCGACAUGGGUUUUGAGCCACAAGUGAUGCGAAUAGUUGACAACGUCCGCCCUGACCGACAAACCGUUAUGUUCUCUGCAACUUUCCCCCGUCAAAUGGAAGCCCUUGCUCGUCGAAUUUUAAAUAAACCAAUCGAAGUUCAAGUAGGUGGAAGAUCCGUAGUGUGUAAAGAUAUCGAUCAGCACAUUGUAGUUCUGGAAGAUGACAUGAAAUUCUAUAAACUCUUAGAAGUCCUGGGAGUGUAUCAAGAACAGGGCAGUAUUAUUGUUUUUGUGGACAAGCAGGAAAAUGCAGAUUCUCUUUUAAAAGACUUGAUGAAAGCGGGGUAUCCGUGCAUGAGUCUACAUGGAGGAAUAGAUCAGUAUGAUCGUGACUCUACAAUUACAGAUUUUAAAAGUGGCAAAGUACGAUUACUUGUAGCAACGAGUGUCGCGGCAAGGGGUUUAGAUGUCAAGGAUUUAAUUUUGGUGGUUAAUUACGACUGUCCGAACCAUUAUGAAGAUUACGUUCAUCGAUGCGGUAGAACUGCCAGAGCCGGAAAUAAAGGGUGGGCCUAUACAUUUUUAACACCUGAGCAAGGCAGAUAUGCUGGAGACAUAACCAGAGCAUUGGAAUUGUCUGGUGCCGACGUUCCUCCUGAACUUACCGAAUUGUGGGACACAUAUAAAUCUCAGCAAGAAUUAGAAGGGAAAAAGGUUAAAACUGGGGGAGGAUUUUCUGGUAAAGGAUUCAAGUUUGAUGAGUCAGAAGCUCAACAAGCUACUGAAAUGAGAAAAUUCCAAAAGCACGCUUUAGGACUUCAAGAUUCCGAUGAUGAAGAUAUCGAGGGAGAAAUUGACCAACAAAUUGAUAUGUUGAUUGCAUCGAAAAAGUCUGUUAAAGAGGUCAUUGCUGGAGCUCCUACUCCUUCGUCCAUUGCUACUCCUGGCGCUGCAGGUAGCAGCGUUCCAUCAACGGAUAAGCUGGAACUUGCCAAGAGGGUGGCACUCAAAUUGACUUCUUCCAAGAAUUUGGGAGCUGAUUCCAAAGCACAAAUGACUGCCGAAGCAGUAAUGAAGGGUGGAAUUAUGAACUUGACUCCCAAAGUUACAGCUAAAAAUGUCGCUGAACAGCUCGCUGCCAAAUUGAAUGACAGAUUGAAUUAUCAAAGGCCAGAGGAAGGAUCUGGAGUCGGAAUGGACGGACUCCCAUUCUCCAUUGAAUCCACGAAUCCUCAAGUACAAAAGAAAUAUGAAGAAGAACUCGAGAUUAACGACUUUCCUCAACAAGCCAGAUGGAGGAUAACAUCCAAAGAAACCUUAGCACAAAUAGGAGAAUACUCCGAAGCUGGCAUCACUGUUCGAGGUACAUUCGUCCAAACUGGAAAACAAGCACCCGAAGGAGAACGUAAACUAUACCUUGCAAUUGAGUCAAUGUCAGAAUUAGCCGUGAGUAAAGCUGUCAAUGAGGUCAGGAGGAUAUUGAAGGAAGAAAUGCUUCGAAUUCAAGCCUCUGCUCAUCAAAGUAUUGGAAGCAAGAGCAGAUAUAAGGUUGUCUAAUGUCCGAGUUUUGUAGAUGACGUAUUAAUGUUAUGACAUAAUUUAUAACUAAAAUUUUUCCAAUCAAGUUUGCAAGACAAGAAUAAAGUACUGUUUUAUAUGAGUCGUGACUUAAA